ACGGAUAAACCAACUAUUGAAAAGGCCGUCUCGGAUAGCGCCUCACAGUUGAAUUGUGCUCCAGCUCAUUAAUAAUAAUUGUGUCAAUUGCACACCUAACCAAACGUUUUCUACCGUCGACGGCUCCAAGCACAAAUGGAUUCUGAUCUCGAACCACCCGACGGCCCUCCAUCUUCUCGUUCAGGUGGAACCCGAACCCCGCGGAGAGCGAUGAAUCAACCACCCCAGGAGACGGUCAAGCAGUUCUGGGAACGCUUUAAUACGAAAUAUCCCGGAAAGGUGUUUACCGUCCUCCCGGACAACCCGUAUGCGCGCACGAGAGCAGCUCGGAUGCCAAAGGGCGUCGUCCAAGGCCAGGAUGAAGUCAAAUCCUACGAGCAAGCCAGGAAAGAGUGCCAGCGUGCGGUUGACCGCAUCGUCAGAGAAUGCAACCGCGUGAACCAAAAGUAUACAGAUCCGCAUUUUGACAUUGAAUUCGAUCUCAAGUCAGGAAGGAGAGAUUGUCUCGAUGGGCUAAAUGGGACCAACGACGAGCUGCGCCCGAAAGGAGUCAAGAGAGUCACCGAGAUCUUUGAAAAUCCCCGGUUCUAUAUAAACGGACCCACGGCGGGAGACGUGCGGCAAGGCCGCGACGGUGAUUGUUGGGUCAUGGCUGCGCUCUGCACCAUGGGCAAUAAGCAUGGUCUAAUUGAGAAGAUCUGUGUGGCUAGGAACGAGACCGUGGGCGUCUACGGUUUCGUUUUCUACCGCGAUGGCGAAUGGCAGCAGUGCAUCAUCGAUGACAAGCUCUAUCUCCGGGCGGCUGAUUACGAUGAAUCAAUCGAUGAGCGUCCUGUCUGGGAUGAUAUCAAUCGCAACGACACUGAAGAGGAAUAUCGAAAGGUCUGGCAGACCGGAUCGCGAGCUCUUUACUUUGCGCAGUGCGCGGAUGAGAAUGAAACAUGGCUGCCAUUGUUGGAAAAGGCUUAUGCAAAGGCUCAUGGUGACUAUUCCGCCAUAGAAGGUGGUUUCGUAGGGGAAGCCAUCGAGGAUCUGACUGGUGGAGUGAGCACUGAAAUAUUGUCUAGUAAUAUACUGGAUAAAGACAAAUUCUGGAAGGAAGAGCUUAUGAAGGUGAACAAAGAGUUUCUGUUUGGUUGUACCACCGGCAUAUUCUCAAAUUGGCUGGAUCCCAAGUACAGAGGACCCGCCAGGGACAGAAAGGGGAUCACCGAACGACAUUGCUACUCGAUCAUGGAAGCGCGGGAGGUAGAAGGCCAACGGCUUCUUCGUCUGCGGAACCCAUGGGGAACGAAGGAAUGGAGUGGCCCCUGGAGUGACGGCUCAGAACAGUGGACGCCGGAGUGGAUGGAGCGUCUUGGUCAUAAAUUUGGGAAUGAUGGGGUAUUCUGGAUCUCGUACGACGACCUUCUGAAGAGGUAUCAACAUUUUGACAGAACUCGCCUGUUCGGAUCGGAGUGGACGAUAACACAACAAUGGACAAGUCUGAAUGUUCCUUGGUCUGCAGACUACCAUAGCACCAAAUUUGUCAUCGAACUCACCAAGACAAGUCCGGUGGUCAUUGUCCUCUCGCAGUUGGACACUCGCUACUUCAGGGGUCUGAAUGGCCAAUACACCUUUUCUCUGCAGUUCCGCCUGGAAAAGGAGGGUGAAGAAGACUACAUAAUCCGCAGUCGGACUCACUAUCUAAUGGCGCGGUCCAUAAACACUGACAUCACGCUGGAUCCCGGUCGUUACUAUGUGCUUAUGAAAGUAACUGCUUUUCGGAACACCAAUGCAGAGACUGCAGAGGACGUUGUACGGCAGGUAGCCUCGGAGCGCCGGGAGAAGCUAGUGCAGAUAGGUCUUUCAUACGACCUGGCACACGCCAAAGGCCUGCCGAUAGAGACUGAGCAGGAAAAGUGCAAGCGUGAGGAGCGCGAGGAAAAUCACAGAAUCGCGGAAAGGAGCAAGUUACGCGAGGUGACUUUGGCCCGGAAGAAGAAGGAAUACAUCAGGAACAAGAAACUAGCUGCACGUCAGGAACGACAAGCUGCAAGGCAUUCUCGCUCCAUAAGUCAGGCCACGGUGACUUACGCGGAAACGCCAAUCACCUACGAUACUGUUGCGGAUGAAGUCAAAUCCUCCAAGCCUAGCAAUGGAACCACCCCCGCCUCGACAAAUGGCUCCGCCACUGCCAACGGUAUUAAUGGGACUCGAAAGCCUAUGCGUCCGAGUGUUGACACGCAUUUCGCAAUUGAUGGUAUUGCGAAUGACGAAAGGGGACUGCUGGAAGGAUUCGAGUUUGACUCCGACAUCGAUAUGCCGCCUGAGGAGCCGCGAGACGCCAAAUCCAGCAAGCAUCCCACGGAAGCUGGUUUCCGGUUGGACGAAGAGGAGACAUCCUGCGAUCCAUGGAAUGCAGUGUGCGUUGUCGGAUUGAAGGUAUAUUCCAAGGACCGAAAACUGUCCUUACAGGUUAUCAGGUCCCCUGCUGAAGAGGAUACUGAAGCGGCUCUCGACUGUGACGACCCAGCCGCCUCAGCAACAACCGAGAAAGGGACAUGGUUCAUCGACUAGGCUGAUAUACUCAACAUAAGUAUGAUCAUCUUUCCAGGCGUAUAUCUUCAUUCUAUUACCCUAUAUUAAGCAUUGACAAGCGUUGCGUUGAGCUGCUGUGUUUGUUGAGCGUGCGGUUUCACAUAUAUAUAUCGUACAUUUUAACCUCUGCAAAGACAAUAAAACAAUGGGGACGCCCCUGAUUUUAUAUUCUCCUUCCA